CUUGUACAUUCGGGCCUUGGCAUCCUUCCCUCUGCCAGCACUCCUAUUACAUUCCAUUGCUCUGUGCCUGACUGCAAAAUUUUGCUUCAGCCAUGUCACACACUGCUGUACAAGGAAGUAUGGGUAGUCGUUAUGCCACGGGAAUGAGCUCCCACAGAAUAUAUCUGUUUGAGUAUGAGAAUUUCCAAGGGCGCAUGAUGGAGCUGAGCGGAGAGUGUCGUAACAUUUGUGACAAGGGGCUAAACCGUGUGGGCUCCAUCAGAGUGGAGUGUGGGCCAUGGGUAGGUUUUGAGCAACAGGAUAUGACGGGUGAGAUGUUCAUGCUGGAGAGGGGCGAAUACCCCCGCUGGGACACUUGGUCCAACAGCUACCGUUGUGAUCGUCUCAUGUCCCUCCGGCCUGUCAGAAUGGACCCACAGGACCACAGGAUCUGUCUGUAUGAGUGCAUGAACUUUGAUGGUCGUAAGAUGGAGGUUUCUGACGAGGACAUCCCAAGUUUGUGGUGCUACGGCUUUCAAGACAGAGUCGCCAGCAUUCAAGUAAAUGGGGGAACGUGGGUUGGAUAUCAGUAUCCAGGCUACCGUGGAUAUCAGUACCUGUUUGAAUUUGGAACCUACAAACACUGGAACGAAUGGGGCGCCAGUCACCCCCAGAUCCAGUCUGUGCGAAGAGUGAGAGACAUGCAGACGAAUCCCAGAGGCUGCUUCGAGAUGGCAUAAGGAACGACACACUUCAUGGACAGGUGGACACAACAACGUCCUGCAGAGAAACCCUGUGGAAUGUAAAAAAUACAUACUUUAUAAUCAAAAAGAGCUGCUUUAAAUAGGGAUGAAGUGUCAUGUGCUCUUGUGUGUCAUGACUGGUUGCAGAAUGCCAUUCUACGUCCAACCAUCUAGUUAAAAAGAAGUAUAGCAAAUGGAUAAAUCACUUUUCUGUCCCAACUUUAAUACUUGCUGAAGCAUUAAUCAGUUUUGUUGGAUAGUUUUGCAUCAUUGCAUGUUUUUUGCUCUACACAAACCUCCUAGCAUUUUGUUUCAUUAGUUUACAUUAACAAGUUUAUAUAAGAAUAUCUACCAUCCACAAAUGCCCUAAAGCAAAUCACAAUCAAUUUCUAAUUUAGCUGCUAAACCCUGCAGGGAAAAUUCAUUGAACCAGAAGGAGGUGCAAUUUAGCACCUCAGCAUACUCAACCUUCUCC